AUGGUUCAAGACCAUCCUGCUCGGAUACUAGCUGAUACCGGUGCUGGUUUGUCCAUAGUCUCAGAUUCUUUCAUUAGUAAGUACCAAAUACCCACAAAACCCAUAAAAACAAGAUCGAUCCAUGGUGUCACCGGGCACCAACUCUCCAUCAAUAGUUCUGCGAGCAUGCAGGUAUCUAUUGGUACACACAAUCUGGGUGUGGUCGAAGCUUCAGUGGCCGACACUGCAGACUAUGACCUCAUCCUGGGGUUCACUGAGCUACGGAGGCUCAAACCCACCAUACAAUGGGAUACGGGCCAGCUGGAGUUCAAGACUCAGGAGCAGGACCGACCCCCUAGGAGACCCCCUGAAGCAGCAAGAGCAGGGGACCUAACCAUGAGGAGACCAACCCUUCAUGGUAACGAGUUUGUCUCAGCAGAGCGCAUACUACGAGCAGCUCUGGAAGAUGGACCCAUAGGGUUCAUGCUGUUAGAGGAGCCACCAUCAUCACUCCCGGCCUUUGGUUUUGUACCUACAGGCGCAGACAAAGGAGUCGAGAUGGAGGUGGAGGUAGAUAAGGUGGUGACGGCUGCAGACAUACCAAAGCCAUACCAACACCUGCAAGAUGUGUUUGAUGAGGUGGAAGCAGACAAGCUGCCCCAUCAUACCGAGCAUGAUCUCCACCUCGAGUUGAUAGAAGGAGGGAAGCCACCUCAAGGGCCCCUAUACCUUAAGGGACCCAAGGAGAUGUCCGAGUUGAGGAGAUACUUGGAUGAGAACCUCGAGAAGGGGUUCAUAAGACCAUCGAAGAGCCCGGCACGAUCACCAGUGCUCUUCGUACCAAAGAAGGAUGGAGGUCUCAGACUCUGUGUGGACUACAGAGGUCUCAACGAGAUCACUGUCAAGAACAGGGCACCAUUGCCCCUCAUCGAGGAGCAGCUGUUCUUACUCAGGAAGGCAAGGAUCUAUACCAAGCUGGACCUUAGAGCAGCAUACAACCUCAUCCGGAUUGCUAAAGGAGAUGAAUGGAAGACAGCUUUUGGCACUCAGUUGGGACUCUAUGAGUACCUAGUGAUGCCCUUUGGCCUAGCCAAUGCUCCGGCUCACUUCCAGUCAUUCAUCAAUGACAUCUUCCGAGACAUCAUUGGAGUAUAUGUAGUGGUAUACUUAGAUGACUUCCUGAUCUUCAGUGACACUGAAGAGGUACAUGUGAAGCAUGUCACCGAGGUCCUCACUCGCUUAAGGAGCAACAGGCUCUUUGCUAAGCUGUCGAAGUGUGAGUUCCACACCAAGACAGUCGAGUUCCUGGGGUACAUCAUCAAGCCAACGGGCAUAGAGAUGGACCCAGAAAAGGUGCGCACUGUCAAGGAGUGGCCAAUGCCAGAGUCAAUCCAUGACAUCCAGAGGUUCCUGGGUUUUGCCAACUUCUAUCGAAGGUUCAUAGCCCACUUUGCUCGCAUAGCCAAGCCCUUGACAGCACUGGUAAAGCCUAUAGAACGGUUCAAGAAGUUCGAGCUACCAGAGGAGGCCCAACAGGCCUUCCACAAGCUCAUCCAGGCCUUCACAUCAGCAGGAGUGCUUCAGCACUUCGACUACCACCUUCCAACAAGGUUGGAGACUGAUGCAAGUGACUUUGCUAUAGCAGGAGUGCUCAAGCAGGAGCAUGAAGGACGAUGGCAUCCAGUGGCCUUCUACUCUAGGAAGAUGUCUUCUGCCGAGAAAAACUAUGAGAUCCAUGAUAAGGAGCUCCUAGCUGUGGUCGCCUGCCUCACUCAGUGGCGACACAUGCUAGCUGGACUACCGAACCAACUGGUCAUCCUCACUGACCAUGAAGCCCUCAAGUACUUCAAGUCACAGAGACGCAUCACAGGUCGACAGGCUCGAUGGGCCAUACUACUAGCAGACUUCGACUUCAUAUUGCAGUAUCGACCAGGAGACAAAGGUGGUGAACCCGAUGCUCUCACCAGAAGGACAGACAUGCAACCAGCUGGUGAGGAGCAGGAUCACAAUGUGAGGCAACUACUGCCUCCUCGAGUGUUCAAGGAGACAGCAGACCAUGACUCGCUCCUAGUGGCCCCCAUGAUCUCGAUGGAGUCCAUAGGAGCAGCAUCGCUGGCGACGCUGUGA